ACCCUGAUUAGGCAAUAAAACAUUUUUCCCCUCCUUUUUAUUGGGUACAGCGGAUGGGUAGAGUCCCGCGAUCCCCGCACCUCGUGCGUGUCAGUCCUGCUUCUUGUUUUGAGACUAUAAAGCCUCCAGCAGUUCUUUUUCUCUUGGUUCAUCAUUAGACACGUUUUUGGUGACGACACAAGACCAGAUCAGACAGGAUGCUUAUUACACGAUAUUUCUUUCUGUGGCUUCUUAUUUGCCCGGCUGUGUUUUCAAGAUGCUCCAACAAUCAGCAGCAAAAAAGGACUCGCGAAAUCAUUCAGAAACUCUGCGGCCUGGGAGAAAUGCGACCGGUGAGAUGCAAAAGCGAGGCUGAAGAUAUGAAGGUCCAAAGUCCAAAAUUCCCGAAACAGGAGGAGAACAGGCUGCUGGUGUUGGAAAUGUCAUAUCGGAUUGUCUCUGAUCUCCUGAUGAAGAACGUGUCCACCGAGUGGAAGUCCAGUGAGCUGCAGCAGUUACGGGAUUUACUUGGACACCAGACACAAUUCUAUGCAACAUGUUUUCCGGUUGCCAGUUCAACUCAUGCUGAAGUGGAGAAUUGGAGCGCUUUUUGGAGCAGUCUGUCUGAUUUUCUGUCAGAGAAGAGUUUCAGCGCGUGCGCGUGGGAAAGCGCGCGCCCUGUCAUUCUACAGGUCAUGCGCAGUUUCUACAGAUCCACUACAAAAUCACCAAAACCCAUCAGAAGCUGUUAAUAUCUAUCUAUCUAUCUAUCUAUCUAUCUAUCUAUCUACUCUAUCUGUCUAACUGAAUUAACAUCGUUGACUGGACUUGAAUAAUUUGAAUGUAUUUAUUUAUAUAUCUACACUAUCAUGAAGUGUGUCAUUUCUUUUCCUUUCGUGAAUUCGUAAUGUAACUGAUAUAUAUGUAAUAGACAUUUCUUUAUUUGUGUCUGUGUGUGAAGAGAAUGAACUGAUAAUAAAUCUAAUCUAACCUUAGCUAAUCUAAUCAACUACGUAGUGUUAAAAAAAAAAAAAAAAAAGGUUCCAAUAAAGCAUCUUUAGAACAAUGCCAUGGAUGAACUAUGUGAACUAUGCUGUCAUCAACCAUCAGAAUUGGGGGAAAGUGUGACUCAGGGAUUUUGACAGAGGCAUGGAUGUUGGUACAAGAUGGGCUGGUUUGAGUAUUUCUAUAACUGCUGAUCUCCUGGGAUUUUCACACACAACCGUCUCUAGAGUUUACUCAGCGAGCUGCAGUUUUGCGGACGGAAAGAUCUUGUUGAUGAGAGAGAUCAGCGGAGAAUGGCCAGAGUGGUUCGAGCUGACAGAAAGUCUACAGUAACUUAGAUAACCACGCUGUUCAAUUGCGCUGAGCAGAAACGCUUCUCUUCUGUCAGCCAAGAACAGAAAGCUGAGGCAGGACAGUUGAAGACUGGGAAAAUGUAACCUGGUCUGAUGAAGCUCUUUCGGGCACUGAGGCAGACACAGGGUCAGAAUUUAAUGCAAACAGAAUGAAUCCAUGGACUCAACCCGCCUCGUGUCACCAGUCCAGGCUGGUGAAGGUGGUUUAAAGCUGUGGGGAAUGUUUUCUUGGUACUAUUUGGGCCCGUUAAUACUAACCAAUCAUGGCUUGAAUGCCACAGCCUAUUUGAAUAUUGUUGCUGAUACAUGUGAAUCCCUUCAUGACCACCAUUUGCCAUCUUCUAAUGGCUACUUCCAGCAUGAGAAUGCACCAUGUUACAAAGAAAAAUUCAUCACAAACUGGUUUCAUAAACAUGACAGUGUUCAUCAGGGGC